AUGCUUCAUACCACCGCGACUGCUGAUUACGAGUUGUCAUCGCCUCCACAGGAUGGCAUAUCAUGCGUGGCAUUCGCUCCCAAGGACCCGAAAUUAUUAGCCAACGUCCGUGUAUAUGAUGUCGAAAACAAUAAUUUAAAAUGCAGAUAUGAACAUCGACAAGCUGUACUGAGCACUUGCUUUGGAGAUGAUACACAUUUAUAUAGUGGUGGAUUGGACAAGGAUUUGAAAAUGUAUGAUUUACAAGCACAAAAAGAAACAAUACUAGGAAGCCACGAUGAAGCUAUUCGAAUAGUAGACUACAACCAAAAGACGAACAUGGUAAUUACCGGAAGUUGGGACAAGAGCGUAAAAACAUGGGACCCAAGAACACCCUCGCACCUAUCACAAACAGAUCUCCCAGCCAAAGUAUUCGCAAUGUCAACAGCAGACACCAAGGUCGUCAUCAGCAUGGCCCAACGCCUUAUACAUAUAUACGAUAUUCGAAACAUGUCGGAAACGCUACAACAACGGGAAUCAUCACUAAAGUUCAUGACUCGGGUGGUCAAGUGUAUGCCGAAUGGAGAAGGGUAUGCUUCGGGAUCUAUUGAGGGAAGAGUUGCUGUUGAGUUCUUUGAUCCGUCUGAGGCAGUGCAGGCAAAGAAGUAUGCAUUCAAGUGUCAUCGACAAAUGUCGGAGGGUGUGGAUAAUGUGUAUCCAGUGAAUGCGUUAGCUUAUCAUCCUGUGUAUGGAACCUUUGCAAGUGGUGGUGCUGAUGGAUUUGUGUCAACAUGGGAUGGAUUCAACAAGAAGAGACUAAAACAGUUCACAAAGUAUCCAACAUCUAUCGCCUCUAUCGCAUUCAACGGUGCGGGUACAUUGCUUGCUAUUGCGUCCAGCUAUACCUUUGAGGAAGGAGAAAAGGAUACACCACCAGACUCUGUAUUUAUUCGAACUAUAUUGGAUGGCGACGUGAAGCCAAAAAACAUGGCAUAG